AUGAUGCGAUACAUAGAAGAUAGAUUUGCCGAUUGUUCGCCGGUAUCGCGAGCGGAGAGGAUAUUUCUCGGCGGAAGGAAAAUCUACGAUUCUUUGAGCUCAGGUGUUGAAAGUUUUCCAGUUUUCGGGGUGGAAAUGAGUUCAAUGAGCAGGAGCAGAAGCCGGAGCCCAAGUCGGAGCCGGGAAAGGAGUCGUAGUCGGAGUCCUCCGAGAGACAGGAGAAUGAGAACUCAGCGAAUUACUUACCGUGAUGCUCCUUAUAGAAGGGACCGUGAGCCACGUCGUGGUUUCAGCAGCCAAGGAAGUCUCUGCAACAACUGCAGGCGACCUGGUCACUUUGCAAGAGACUGCCCCAAUGUCUCCGUCUGUAACAACUGUGGCCUUCCAGGGCACCUUGUAGCGGAGUGCACUGCGGAAACAAGGUGUUGGAACUGUAGAGAACCUGGUCACGUAGCCACAAACUGCACAAACGAAGGAAUCUGCCACUCGUGUGGCAAAUCUGGACACCGAGUGAGAGACUGCCCUAACCCGAACUCUCGUCCAGGGGACUCGAGGCUAUGCAACAACUGCUACAAACCGGGUCAUCUCGCUGCCGACUGCACAAACGACAAGGCGUGCAAGAACUGCAGGACUUCAGGUCACAUUGCUCGUGACUGCCCUAACGAGCCGGUUUGCAACAUCUGCAGCAUCUCGGGCCAUGUGGCUAGGCUAUGCCCCAAAGGAGAGAGCAAUCAUCACUCUGACAGAGACAGAGGAAGCAGGGCUCGAGAAGGUGGUGGUGGUGUGCACAGAGAUAGUUUCAGUAGAAUUGGGAGAGACGGUGUUGGUGCUAUCAUAAUAUGUCACAACUGUGGUGGCAGAGGACACAUGGCUUAUGAGUGCCCUUCUGCUCGAGUCGCCGACCGUGGAUUCCGCCGGUACUGA